AUGAUCAGCACGAGGAUUGAGCAUUCACGCAUCAACAUCUCUUCCUCCGAAAGCUCAUUUCGUCACCUGUGUCCAAGUCUGGAGCAAUUCGUGCAAUCACAAGCCGCCGCUCAGGAUUGGCAGGUUGACCACUGCAUGACAAUGGGACAAGAUCAUCACGCUCGUCACUGCAACGGCCAGCUCGUGCAUGUUCAAUCUCUUCAGCGAUACAAGUGGUAG